UAAAAGCAGCAGGAAGAUUUGGGGAGCUGCACGUGUGGAAAGCUGGUUAGCACAGCGAGUGUGAUUAAACGCAGGUUAAAACAGGUAAAGAAUGGCGGAAACACCAGAAUCCAGGAAAAGGAACAAAAAGCGUUAUGCCAACUAUGGAAACAAGAAAGUUAAAACUUCCCGCGAGCUAGAGGUUGGAAUGCAGGGGAUUCUCAUCACGUGCAACAUGAAUGAGAGGAAGUGCACAGCAGAAGCCUUCAGCCUUCUAAACGAGUAUGCAGACCAGUUGUAUGGACCAGAGAAGUUUUCUGAUGCUGACGAGAGUGACAGUGAUGUUAAUGAUGGCCAGGAUGAUGAUGAUGCAGAGGCAGCCCUGAAGAAGGAGGUCAAACAGAUUCGCUCAUCUACACAGAAAAGAGAGAGGCGAUUCCAGGCAUUGGACAGUGGGGCUAACAAUGUUGUCUUCAUUAGGACACAAAAUAUAGACCCUGACAAACUGGUGCACCACAUUUUGCAAGACCUUUACACAACAAAAAAGAAGAAAUCUCGGGUCAUCCUGAGAAUGCUGCCAGUGAGUGGAACCUGCAAGGCCUUCAUUGAGGACAUGGAGAAGUACCUGGGCACCUUCCUGGAGCCGUGGUUCAAGACCCCUAACCAGGGCACUUUUCAGAUUGUCUUCAAAGCCCGCAACAGCAGCCACAAUAAGAGAGAGGAAGUCAUUAAGGCUUUGGCAGGAUUAGUUGGGCAGUUGAACCCCAACAAUAAAGUGGAUCUCACUAACCCUGAAUACACCAUCAUCAUUGAGGUGAUUAAAAGUGUGUGCUGUGUGAGUGUGGUGCGGGACUAUAUGCUGUUCAGGAAGUUCAAUGUGCAGGAAGUGGUGAAGGUGGAUAAAGUACAAAACCUGCCUCAGAGGACUGAGGGAUCACAGGAAGGAGCAGGUGGGCAGGAAGUGGAGGCUGUGAAGCAGGACAAAGGAGCUGCAGAUAAUGCUGCUGACCAGAAGGAAGAGACAGUGGUACCAAUAGAAGAGGGCAACAAAGAUGGGCAAGGCCAUGUUCCUGACAAGCAGUAGUGAAGGACUUUGUACACCAUAAUGCAGUGAUUGAUAUUCUUGGUAUAGAUAGGAAUUGUUUUGGUUGCCUGUUUUAAGCUGUUGUAUGUAUACAGUGAAUCAGUCAUGUUCAAAUAAUACAUGUUUUCCUUAACAUACUGGAUAUCUAUAUGAUGUAAGUUAUAACUGUACUUGAGCUCUCAGUCAGCUUUCUGACAUGAUUUGUAUAGCUGGGAGGGUAGCUCUGGUUUCCUGAUAUUUGCUUUUAUCCCCAGCAUGCUGAAAUC